AUGGGUGCCUCCUCGCGUGAAGGGGACACGCCACCAGGAGACGAAACAAAUUCGAUAUCGCCAACCCCGAUCCUGGUCAAGUGGGAUGAAAAUGAGCCCGCCAACCCGUACAACUGGCGGACGCUGUACAAGGCGUUCAUCACGCUGCUGCUGGGCAUGUUAGCCAUGGCGGCCAGUGUCGGAUCGAGCAUCAUGGCUCCCACCGACGAGAAGCUGCAGGAGGUCUUCCAUAUCGGCCAUGAGGUUUCGGUGCUGUGCAUCUCACUUUACAUCCUGGGAUUCGCAUUUGGCCCCCUUUGCUGGGCCCCCAUCUCUGAGCUCUGGGGCCGCCGCAUGUCUCUGCUUCCCCCCAUGCUUGCCGUCGGACUGUUCUCAAUAGGCACAGCCACGAGCAAGAAUAUCCAGUCCGUCCUCAUCACGCGGUAUUUUGGCGGCCUGUUCGCUUCGUCGCCGGUGAGCAACGUGGGAGCCAUCAUGGGCGACAUCUGGGAGCCCAAGGUCCGCGGGACGGCAGUGGUGUUUUACGCCCUUUGUGUCGUCGGUGGUCCUACUCUGGGUCCCGUCAUCGGUGCUUCUCUGGUGGUGAACCCUCACCUUGGAUGGCGCUGGACGGAAUACAUCCAAGCCAUCUGGACCUUUACCGUCGCCGCCAUCGCUCUCUUCUGCCUGCCAGAGACAUACGGCCCCGUUCUGCUGAAGCGUAAAGCCCAGCGUCUCCGCAAAGAGACGGGCAACCAGGCCUACUACCACCCCCACGAACAGACCAAGCUGUCGCCCAAGCUCAUCCUCACCAAGCACCUCUCGCGCCCUCUCCGCAUGUUGUUCACCGAGCCGAUGGUUACGUGCAUCGCGCUGUAUGCGUCGUUUGUGUACGCCCUGCUGUACAUGACUCUGGAGGUGUUCCCCAUUGUCUUUGCUCAGCACCGGGGAUGGUCGCUGGUGCAGAGCUCGCUGCCGUUUCUGGCGCUACUGGUGGGCGUUUGCAUGGCCAUGUUUGUCAACUUAGCGAACCAGCCGCGUUAUGCGAGGCUCGUGGAUGCUGCGGGAGGCAAACCGGUGCCAGAGGCUCGGUGUGCGCCGAUGGCGGUAGGGGGGGUUGUCUUUGCCAUUGGGCUGUUCUGGUUCGGUUGGACGGCAGACCCCAAGAUUCACUGGAUUGUGCCCGUUCUGGCAGCCGUCUUCAUCGGCGCCGGCUUCAACAUCAUCUUCCAGCAAUGCAUCAACUUCCUCGUCGACACAUACCGCGUCUACGCCGCAAGCGCCACAUCCGCCAACACGUUCCUGAGGAGCGCCCUAGCCGCGUCGUUUCCCCUCGCGGCGGCGCCCAUGUUCAAUACCUUGGGCGUUGGGCCGGCCAUGUCGCUGAUGGGGGGUGUUGCGGUGAUUGCCAUUCCCGUGCCGUUUCUGUUCAUGAAGUAUGGUGUUCAGCUGAGGAAGAUGUCCAAGUUUGCGCCGGUGGACGAGGAGGUGCGGAAAACGGAGAGAGUACAGGCAUAG